AUGACCUUGGAUGAGCUCCUGAGAAACGCGAUGAUUCCUCUUGGAUCGCAGAGCCAAAGGAGAUUUCAGAUCAUGUACAAAGAGGAGGUCGUGAGCUGGCUGAGCUUGAUACUGAAAAUCGGUAGGAAGAUGACCCAGGACGAGAACAAGAGGCGCAUGAUCGUUCUAGAGACGGAUUCUCAGGCGGAUGUAAGAUCAGCGAGGCUGAUACGCCAUAUUGAGCUGAGGAUCAGGCCGCUGGAGUUAAGGUACUUGUACGUUGUUGCAUCAAGAGGAUAUCUCGUGGGAAGAGUGGAAACGAAUCCAACCAAGGCUCAAAUUGAGUAG